AUGGAGUAUGCUCACUCGAAACCUCUCUCUACGACUCACCAGAUCACUCUGCACGGCGACCGCAAAACCAUUUAUGCAAAACCAAACUGCAACUCCACACACCAAUCUAAAGCCCCUCAACUCCAAAAUCUCAACUUUCAUGAGGGAUGGCUUUGUGGAAGAAGCCCAGAAGCUGUUCGACAAAAUGCCUCGAAGAAACACCGUCACGUGGAAUGCCAUGAUUCGCGGCUACUUUCUAAAUGGGCAGUUCCAAGAUGCGAUUAA